UGGCUGCGGAUAUAAGGAGCCAUGAAUCAAUCGGCUGCGGCGCAUCCGAUCAAACAGUCGCAAGCACAUCCAAACCAACGUUAAGAGUCUAUGAUUUCGACACUGGUCCAUCAUCAUCAUCAUCAUCAUCAUCGGAGAAAAUGCGCAUAGAAACAAAGCACUCUGACUUCAUCUCAUACCAUACCCUUCACCUCAAUCGCACACAAGAUGUCGGCCAUGGAAGCUUCCCACGGACACAGCAAGCCUUGCUGCAACAUCCCUCCUGUCGUCAGCAAGGGCUACCAGGCCAAAGGCUCCUAUGUAGAUAUCGGCGGCUACAAGACCUACGUGACCGGCCCCCAGGACGCCGACAAGGCCAUUGUGGUCAUCAUGGACAUUUUCGGCUUCUUCGAGCAGACACUCCAGGGCGCCGACAUCCUCGCCACAUGUGACGAGAAGCAAAAGUUCAAGGUGUACAUCCCCGACUGGUUCAAGGGCAAGCCUUGCCCCAUUGACAUCUACCCCCCUGACAACGACGACAAGAAGAAGCAGCUGGGCGAGUUCUUCCAGACCUUCCCCCCUCCCAAGAUCGCCGACCAGGUCCCCGGCUACGUCGAUGCCAUCAAGUCCAAGGACUCCAUCUCUAAGUUUGGCAUCCUGGGUGUAUGUUGCUCCAAGACAUUGAAACAUGCUGUGUCCUACAUACUAACAAAAAUCAGUUCUGCUGGGGCGGCAAGGUCGCAGCCCUCGCCACCAAGGCAUCCACCAACCCCUUCACCGUCGCUGGCUGCGCCCACCCCGCCAUGGUCGACCCCGCGGAUGCCGAGGGCAUCAAGGUUCCCUUUGUCAUGCUCGCCUCGGGCGACGAGCCGGCCGACGACGUGAAGAAGUUUGAGACGGCGCUGGGUCAGACGACAAAGCACGUCGAGAUCUUCUCGGACCAGAUCCAUGGAUGGAUGGCGGCGCGCGCGGACCUGAACGAUGACAAGGUCAAGAAGGAGUAUGAGCGUG